AUGUCUUUGAAUCUGGGGUUUUCUUACUUUAUUGACAGCUCCAUGCAAACCGCUGUCAAGCGUUUUACGCACAAAAAGUUCUGGUAAGUAUUCAAGAGCCUCUCAUUGCCGUCUUUGGUCUCUUUCACUUUGGGACUCAACCUUGGUUAUGAUCAGUGUUCGUCUACAUAAACCUAUGCGUGUUAACAGCUGUAGCAUAGUAUGGAAAAGUUGAUUACGAUUUGUUUUCGAACAGACGGGGAGUUCUGUUGGUUUUAUUUUCCUUUCCAGGUUCCUAUUAACUGUUUUCGGAUCUCCCAUAGACACUCCCUUUGCCCCCCAAAUCGUGCUUACAUGUAACAAUAAUUAUUAUUGUUUUCAAAUGCUCUUGUGAAUGGGACAUUCCAUUUUGUUAUCCACCCCCCCCCCCCCCCCCCCCCCCCCCCCCCCCCACAACAACACCAAACAAAAAAAACACCACACAAAUCCAUAUCAAAAAUACAAACAAAAAAACCAAUGAUAUAAAGUCGUAUACUAAAUUGUAUUUACCAAACACACAUGCGUGCUAUCACGGUAUUGUUGUUAGGUUGUAUGUUUGUUGUUUCGUACCAGCUGUCCUGCUCUCUCUAUCUCUUUUUUUUUUUUUGAAUAUACGGCGCCCCCCCGGGUCUACACCCCUUCCCCUCCCCGCCCCCUUCCCGUCCUUUGAAAGGGACAAUCCAAUUUUUUAUCCCCCCCCCCCCCCCCACCCCCCAUGAAGGGAAUAAUUAAAUAAUAUCCAGAAGAACCCUGUUGGAAUCUGGCAUUUUAACUACAAUAAAGGGUUUCGGAAUUAGGUGUCAGAUUCUCAGAUUACUACAAGGCCUGUCUGGCCUGUGGGAAUUGUGAGAUCUGGGACUUGUAGGAAUCACAAUCUAAGUGUUAAGGGCCUGUCGGAACCCUGCCCUCCAUACUGUGUGGCGAGAUAAGCGACCUGUAGGAAUCGCAAACCUAUCAAAUCAUGACUUCCAUCGGGGGGUUCAGAUAAAAGAUGGAAUGUCCCAAUAAUUAUGCAGUCCUCCAGCCCAGAAGCAUUUGAAAACAGUAGUUUAUGCAAAAUUUGGGGGGCAUACAGAGUGUAUUAUGGGGAUUCCGAAAGUGGAGAGUGAAAGUAGUCAUGCUUAUGGUAGCAGGUGGAAAUCCCCAGCUCGAAGUCCUUAGUGACAGCCUUGGGAUACCAGUUUAGAAAGUAUUCACAGUGAUGCUUGGUCAUAUGAAAAUUUCUUGGAGUGAAAGAAAUUUUUUUGGUUAUGAAAAGAUUUCAAUCCCCAAAGGAUUAUUUUGGUAUAUGGCCAUCACCUCCCAUGUGGAUGUUAAUAGGAUCUGGCAUCCAAAGAGGUAUCUUAAUAUCCUGGGUGGCCAGAAGUUUAGCUGAUUGGAGCAAUAAAUAUUAUUUAAUUAUUUAUUUUAUGACUUUUUUUUCUAUUAGGAAUGUUGCUACUCAUGUUGCAACAUCAUGGCCAAUAGCAUGGGCCACGCUCUGCAUUGGCCGAAACUUUUUACCCCUUUCACUGCAGCUACUGUUGAUUUUGUUAAAGAGCCUUCUGUGUAUCGUACAAGAGCCACCCAUUGGGGUAAGUGGGGUCCUUUUUUGUGGACAGGCUAAGAUUAUGUUAAUCUUACUAGUACCCAGGUCUCCUGUAGCCUGUUCCAGAUAAAAUACACAAAAAAACUUGAAUAAUGUUUUGAAUUAAAAUUUGACAAAACAAGCAAGGUUCACAACAUUUGCUAUAAGUAUCUUAGAUGAGUUAUACUUACUGUAGCAGCAUAAAUGGAACACAAUCAAAGUACAUAUACGAUUGUCGCAAUCUUAAAUCAUCAAUAUGCUAUUCGGGUCAAGUUUCAUGACCAUUCUUGACUUUUUCAUCAGUCGUUUACAAAACUGGCUGCUAUCAAGAGGCUAUUUUGGCAGUUGGGGACACACUUUAGUGGCCGUUGGCCAUUGUAUAGAGGUGGUCUGACAUUAUAGAGAGGUUUAAACAAAAGCCAAUGCAUGGACUGUCUGCUGGGACAAAAAUUAGUGACCAUUGUAGAGAGGUGACCAUUAUAGAGAGGUUUAAACUAGAGCCAAUGUAUAGACUGUCUGCUGGGACAAAAAUUAGUGACCAUUGUAGAGAGGUGGCCAUGAGGUUUAAACUAGAGCCAAUGUAUAGACUGUCUGCUGGGACAAAAAUUAGUGACCAUUGUAGAGAGGUGGCCAUGAGGUUUAAACUAGAGCCAAUGUAUAGACUGUCUGCUGGGACAAAAAUUAUUGGCUGUUGUAGAUAGAUGGCCAUUAGUGGAGGUUUGACUGUAUUCUGUACCUUUAACAAUAAGACUUUGUAUGAAAUAGACUCUGCUCAUUCUUUAUUGAAUCAUACCUUUCCAUCUUUUCAUCUUUUACAGUUUGCCUACACCGUUUUGUAUAGUACUAUGGCUUACUAUGUAUUAAUAGUGUACACCAAAACAACAACAUUCCAAGCCUUCUUUGUUAUUGCCUUAUGCCUUGGUAUUCAGCUUUUGAGUCACUUAAUUUUUGAAGGAGGAAUUCCACAGCGUCUGCCUGCGAAAGAAGACAGUGCAUUGUUUCAAGUCUUGGAUCUCGCAAAUGAGUUUUUUCUUGCCCAGUUUCACUUCAUGUUGACUUUAAUGGUAAGAUGUGACCUUCUACCUAUAUUACGGUGGCGCUCAGAUGCUUCAUUGCACAAACUAAUGACGGCAACUCAAGAACUAAAGUAUGGUAAGAAGGCCCCAUGA